CUCUCUGCCUUCUUAACCCGUUCUUCCCUCCUCUCAGCGUCACUCUCCUCUCCAUCCAUUCUCCCCUUCGUCGCUCAAAAUGGCUGCUGCAAUCAAGGCAAUCAACGCUAAGAUCCGUUCCAACAAGGUUCUGGACUAUGUCUGCUCUACACAUUUCUGGGGCCCUGCCUCCAACUUCGGUAUCCCCAUUGCCGCUGUCAUGGACACCCAGAAGGACCCCGAGAUCAUCUCCGGCCAAAUGACCGGUGCCCUCGUGAUCUACUCCGGUACCUUCAUGCGCUACGCUCUCGCCGUCUCCCCCAAGAACUACCUUCUGUUCGCCUGCCACGCCGUCAACUUCUCCGCCCAGCUGACCCAAGGUUACCGCUACCUGAACUACUGGAACUGGGGUGGCCAUGAAGCCAAGCUCGCUCAGGCCGCUGAGCAGGGCAAGGAAGCCACCGAAGCCGGUCAAUAGACAAUCUCUCUUUCCUCUCUCUCCUCUAUGAGGUUUCUCGUCCUCUGUUUCUGUGCUGUGGGUGUGGCGGCGGGGGUUUGAAUGGAAUCGCGGGUGUUGAGAACCUGUAUGAUAUAGCAGUUAGGUAAGGGAGGAAGGGAUUUACGGAGUAUUUCGAUUCCUUUUUUGCCAACAACUCUUUGUGUGCAAGGAGGGCUGGCUGGCUGCUGCUGCUUUUGAUUACACGGUUGGUGGAUUUCUCGUGGCUUCUUUCGGCUCCUCCGUUUUCCGUUACUAGCAAG